CAAAAAAGAAGAAUUUUAAACGUCAAUUUUGUAAAUAGUGAAGUCAGUUGAAAUUUAUAUUUUCAAAAGAAAGUCUAAUUUAAUUAUCCAGUUGGCCCCAAUUGCUCCUGAUUAGGAAGCAACGGCCAAUAACGAAUGUUUAUUUGAAUGAAAAAGCGAUUAUAUUACCAUGAAGUUUCAGAAGAAAAUCGACACUUUCAAUGCCAUUUACGUCUGUUCAAUACUUUUGAGAAUACUCUUAGUACUGGUACCUCAAACAGGUUACAUACAUCCAGACGAAUUUUUCCAGUCUGUAGAAGUACUAGCGGGAAAAUUCCUAGACAUAGAGUGCAGCCCUCCAUGGGAGUUUAAUGUAACAUUCCCUCUGAGGAGCAUGACCAUCCCGUACUUCACUAUAGGUCAGUCCUACAAGUCUUUGAGGUAUCUCAACAGCCUAAGUGAAUUGUACUUUCAGAAGACAAUUCUUGGACCGUAUCUAUUACUGGUGGUACCGAGACUUCUCAUGUGCCUUCUUUCAUUCCUAGUGGAUUAUUGUCUGUACAAAAUUUGCUCUAACAAUAACGAGAAGUGUAAGUCCCGAUUAGUCAUUUUAGCCAGUUCGUAUGUUACGAUAGUUUACGGAACUAGGACUUUUUCCAAUACGGUAGAACUGGUGCUGUUUUCAACUCUGAUAUAUCUCGUCUGCGAAAGCUUGACAUUUUCGAACAUUGUGUUGAGAAAUCGUGAGUACAUCAAUUUCAGAUACGACAAUAGUAAAUCCACUGCAGAGAAAGCCAAGUUUCACAAACUUAGACUCUUCAUAGUGUCGGAUUCGUACAGAAACUGCUUUGCUAUCAGUACAAUAAGCGUUAUGGGGUUUUUUAACAGACCAACGUUUCUUGCCUUUGCAGUGAUACCUGUAUUCUUCUGGCUUUACCGAGGACUUGGUAGCAAAUCUGUGACUCCUUUCCAAUUCUACAGGAGAAUAUGUGUUUUUCUACUGUGUUCCAUACCAGCAUUACUGUUGAAUAUUCUAGUUGAUUCUUUCUAUUACGGAUACAUUACUUCUGGGGAAAUAUUCAUGUUGGAAGUCACUAUAAAUAGCUUCGUGUUCACUCCACUCAAUUUUCUAAAAUACAACCUCAAUGCUGACAAUUUAGCAAUACAUGGGAUUCAUCCAAGAUUUCUACAUGCUCUGGUUAAUAUUCCCCUGCUGUUCAAUGUUUUGGGACUGUGCACAGUUUACACUUUGGGGAAGUAUUUGUACUUGUGCUUCCAAAAGAAGUUCAACCUGCUUCCAACAAUAAGGAGCAUCAAAUGUCUGAUGACUCUAUCCGCCGUUGUUCCAGUGGCUAUCCUUUCCAUCUUUCCCCACCAGGAGCCAAGAUUUCUCCUCCCCGUGAUUUUACCCCUAGUUUAUCUGCACGCAACGACCAUUUUGCGAGAACCUGAAGACACCCUGGUCGAAGCACCCAAAACACAAAUCAAACCGGACUCUUGGAAAACUAAACCUUCCAACUCCUUGUUGACCAUUUGGCUGCUAGUGAAUGUCCUGCUAGGGGUGCUUUACGGCUUUCUGCAUCAAGGAGGGGUGCUACCCGCUACCGCAUAUCUUGCUAGAGACAUGGAGCUGACAUCGAUGAAGACAGAGUACCACAUUGUGACGAGUCACAUUUAUUCAAUCCCUGAGUCGUUUUUCUUACAAAAAUCCUCUUAUAAGCUGUAUUCCAGAGGAAAAACGCGAUAUUCCGUGAACAAGAGGGUAUUUUUAUACGAAGAAGGAUCCAAAAACCUAGAGUUCAUCCUGAGGAAGUUGAAGCUUAUUCUGGAUACCAGAAGCAAUCCGGGAAAGAGAAUGAAACUGUUCUUGUUGAUAUCAGGGAGUUUAGGGGAGGAUCUCAUGUAUUUUUCCAGCAAUAGAACACUGAAGCUUGAUUUGGUGGAGCAGUUUCGACCUCAUCUCAGUUUGGAAGCCUUUCCAGAUUUAACGACACACUGUUUGGAACCUUUACAGGGUUUUUAUAGCAGUAAUUGUUUAGUUUUGACACCAGAGAAAUAUUUCAAGUGGUUAUUUGACUCGUUCUCUCUCAACUUGUAUCAAGUUGAAGAGGAUGAAAUCAAGGUGUUGAGGUGAACUAAGUAUUUAGAAAGUAGCUAUCACAGUGUCUGUCUUGGAUGUUCUGGUUUUCAGCACUUUGAACAAUGUUCAUUUAGACUGUGUGGAGAGGUGAGCUUUUAUAGCGAAAAAUAGUAUUUUCAGUAUAAUGCUUGUUAUUCACAUUUACAGGAUGUGUCCACAUUUUUAAAUGUAACGCAAAUAAAUACUAUCUGAACGAGG